UUCAACCCGCCCAUUUGCCACCACUAAUCACUAAUUGAGCUGAACCCAAUUGUAAAGUUCCCGUACCUCACUAUCUCCGUCUCCAACAGUGCCGUCCACCAAAGGUCCUUUAAAAUGUAUGUGAAAUCUCAGUUGUCAUGGAAUGUGAUAAUCCCUGCUGAGAACCUUGAUGUUGAAGGCUUAAUGCUUCAGAAGGCAAUUGUUAUUCGCCUCAUGGAUGACUUUGCUUCCAAGAAGGCUUCAAAAAAUCUUGGUUACUUUAUGGCUCUCACUUCAUUGGAGAGGAUUGGAGAAGGGAAAGUUCGAGACCACACUGGUGAUGUGCUUUUCCCUGUGGAAUUCAGCUGCCUUACCUUCAAGCUAUUCCGUGGAGAGAUCUUGGAAGGGGUUGUUGACAAGAUCUUGAAGCACGGGGUCUUCUUGAGAUGUGGCCCCACCAACAAGGUAUACCUCUCUCAUCAGAAGAUGGCGGAUUACAAGUAUGUGCCUGGAGAAAAUCCUAUCUUUAUGAAUGAGAAGAUGUCAAGAAUUGAGAAACACACUGUGGUGCGUUUCAUCGUGUUUGGAGCAAGGUAUGUGGAGGCGGAGAAGGAAUUCCAAGCAGUUGUGAGCUUGGAGGGUGAUUACCUCGGACCCAUCUCACAAGCUGUUUCUUAGAUUUCUGUGAACAACUGUGAUUGGCUCAUUUCAGACAUAGACCAGUGACAUGUAAAAAGCUAACGUCUGUAGCAAUAUCUGUGUUUAGUACUGUUUUGAAUUGAAUGUGACAUUUUUUGUUGAUGUUGCUGACCUUCUCUUUAGUGUCUUUGGUUGCUUAAGCCCUCAAGUGGUCAUGUAAAUGUUUCAAGGCAUAGCAUGUCUUCAGAGAUACAUUUACUUGUUAAGGUGAUAAA